UUGGGUUGUUUGGAACAAAGAUUGACAUCAAUCUAGUACACGUUUAAAAUGAGAUAGUGCCUUUUUCUUUAGCUAAAUCUAUGUAGUCACAUAUUGUGCUUUCAGUGAUAUAUAGAAGAAAACAGUUGAUUUUAGGUGGGCUUCUUGUUAUUUAUCCUCUUUCUUUCUGUAUUUGAGAUCUGUUUGUUCUCUUUCUUGUUUGAUUGGUAUUUCAUGUAUCUCUAUUUUCAGUAUUCUUGUGAUUUCUGCUUGAUUUCACCUUGGUUGUAGCAAUAAAGUUUGCAUCUUCUGAUUCUUUUAUCCAUGUUCAAUUAUUGUCAAAUGAUCUUCUGAUUCUUUUUUCCUUUAGAAUAGAUUAGUUACUACAUAUGCUUUAAGUGUUAUCUUUCAGUUAGAUAAGCUUUGUCAGUAUUUUGAUUAGUGCAAGUCUCCUAAUACAAGGAGUACUCUUAAGAAGAUAGUCACUGCAGACAUGUAUUUAAAUUUAUUGUGAUGUUCAAUACAAGAUACAGUUUUCCAUCACUUUUUCAAGUUUUUAUAGACCUCCAGAAGGCAAUUAAGAAGGUUGUUUUAGCGAAUUGACCCUUCUCAUUCAUUCAUUCAUUUUUCUGCAUUCCUUGUUAGGCGAUGGAUGAUAAAGUUGUACCAGAGCUUGCUGUGGAUGAUAAAACUGUAGCAGAGCUUACUAUCCCGGAAAAUGUUGUCAAAUCAUUAUUACUUGUGUCAAACUCAUCUUCUUUAGAAAAUGCACUAGAGAAGCUGAUAGAAGUUGCCAAAGAGGCUGGUGGACGGUUAGAUCUGUCAUCCAAAAGUGUUGUCACCACUGUUCUCCGUCUCUGCCAGUCUCUGUCAUCUAUCUCUUACCGCCACCUCCUUUUAUUGUCUCUUAAGUUACUUAGGAACCUGUGUGCUGGGGAGAUAAAAAAUCAGUAUGAGUUUCUUCAACAAAGAGGAGUUGAAAUUGUCAUGGAUGUUAUUACAUCUCUAGGACUUACUCCUGAUCCUGAUUGUGCGAUUAUUCGAGUUGGGCUGCAACUUCUGGGGAACUACUCUGUGGGUGGGGGAGAACGUCAAUGUGAUGUGUGGUACCAAUUGUUUCCUCAUAAGUUCUUGAAAUUUGCUGGAGUUAGAAGCAGAGAAAUAUGUGAUCCUUUAUGUAUGGUCAUUUACACUUGCUGUAAUGGUACUGAUGCACUGCUAAAAGAUUUAUGUUCACAGCAAGGGUUGCCCAUUCUGAUAGAAAUUUUACGUACUGCAUCAGCCGUUGGUUUUAAAGAAGAUUGGUUAACGCUGUUGCUCUCAAAAAUUUGCAUUGAAGGCUCCUACAUUUCGUCAAUUUUCUUCAAAUUACAUUCAUAUCCUUCCAUUGAGAACAAUGGUGUUGUUACACAUGUAGCUGAUCAAUUUGUUAUUGAGCAGCCUUUUCUGUUGAGUGUACUUUCAGAGAUCUUGAAUGAGGGAAUAGAGCAUAUUGUUGUUUCUGAUGAUUUUGCUUUAAGUAUCUUUGGGAUAUUGAAGAGUGCUGCUGUGGUUGUUGACUUUUCAAUAAGAGGGAAAGGUGGUCUUCCGAUGGGGUCUGCUCCUAUUGAUGUUCUAGGAUACUCUGUCACCAUCUUGAGAGAUAUUUGCGCUUGUGAUCACUUGACAAGCUCUAAGGAAAAAAGUUCAAAGGAUGUCGUGGACGAACUUGUUUCCUCUGGGCUUAUUGAAUAUCUUUUGGACUUGCUUCGAGAUCUUGAACCGCCAACGACAAUCAGGAAAGCAAUGAAGCAGGAUCAGAUCAAGGAGGAGACAGUAUCUUCUUCAUUUAGGUGUUGUCCAUACCAAGGUUUCCGGAGAGAUAUCGUUGCCAUCCUUGGAAAUUGUGCUUAUAGGAGAAGGUAUGUCCAAGAUGAGAUUAGAGACAAAAAUGGGAUCCUUCUACUGCUACAACAGUGUGUUGUAGAUGAAGAUAAUCCUUUCUUAAGGGAGUGGGGAAUCUGGUGUGUGCGAAACCUAUUGGAAGGAAAUGCAGAAAACCAACGAGCUAUUGCUGAUUUGGAGCUUCAAGGAACUGUUGAUGUUCCAGAACUUGUUGGACUUGGGCUUCGAGUAGAAGUUGAUCCCGCAACUCGACGUACAAAGCUUGUAAAUGUUCCAUGAUAUGUUAAGAGAUGAAAGUAAAAGUUGUCGCUUCUGGAAUUGACAAACUGAUUGUUCAGGAGACUUGUUUUUGGUUUGGCUUAAGUGUGAUUGACAAGUUUAGGGAUGGCCCAUAAGAGAGUACAUAACAAUGAAUAAAGGAGGUGGAUAUCACACCAAGGUAUGAAGAUUGUGUUGAAGUCGUGGAGGUAAAGAUGGAAAGAAUAUGGCAAAAUGGACACAAUGAUUCUAGUUCUCCAGACCAACCUUUAUGUAGUAUGUGAAUGUUUUCUUUAAUGAUUAAAACAUCUUCUAUCUCAUUUGUAAAAAUGUAAAUUUAGCAAAGAGAAAAGGCUCGGAGUGACCCUAGCAAGAAACAUUUCAGAUGGGGAUAUUCCUAGCUGAUUGUAAAGUCAAUAUCCUCUACAUAAAUUAGCUAUGAGUUUACCUAGAAUUAAUCCAAGCUAACAUUUGCAAAUGUUGCCUUGCAAAACGUCAUAGCUAAAUUAGUUAUAACCAAUAUCUUUAGCUAAAAUCAACUAUGGAUGUCCAGCAAGGGUCGUUUAGCUAAAACAGCAUUAGCAGGAUUUCUACAAAUUAGCGAUUUCGUCUCUAGUUAAUUCCAUGUAAAUUUUAAUAUUGUUAGACUUGUACCGUUCGAAUUCCGUGUGCAUAGUGGAGUAUAUCGUUACUAAACUCA